AUGUGCCACGUCGUCCAGACGGUGACAACGCAAGCCGUCGUCACUGUCCAUGCCAGGUGUCACGUCGCUAUCCUGCGACGUGGCAACGAUUCAACUGAUGACUCACCAAUACGCGACACGACAAAACGGCACAACAACAACAGGACGACACCAACGGGGACGAGGACGGUGCCACCAACACGACGCAAGAGCGACCCCGCAUCAGCGAACACACCCAACGAGCCCCAGCGCAACCAACCACGACCCAGCGCCCACAAACGGCAACCAGAGCCCAGCGCCCACACACGACGACCCAGCGCCCACACGGGGCCACAUCACCAAUGCGAGCGCCCACGAACGACAACGAACACCCACGAAAACAACACCACAGCAGCCCAGCGCCCACGAACGACAUUCGGCACCAACAAAGGACAACACGGCGCCCAAAAACAAGAAUGCGCCCGCAAACGACAACGCCCAGGGACAGCAACGACCCCCCGACUCGCGGACGACGCAACGACCACCACAACGCCUGAGUGCCCACGACGACCCCCGCUUAUUAACGGAGACGAAAGUGAACGGACACGGGCAAUGACGAGCCCAGGUGAGCUCCCCAUCCCUCCAUCAUUCCACCCUACUCCCUCCCCCUCCAUCCCCCUCCUCCCAUUGCUCCCUUUCCCCUUGCUCUCCUUCCCAUUGCUCCCCCUCCCAUUUCCCUCCUUCCCUUCUCCCCUUGCUCUCCUUCCCUUUGUUCCCCCCUCCCUCCAGUGCCCCCCUCCUUACCACUCUCCCCCUCCUCACUCUCCACCACACCCACUCCUCUCCCUCACUUCCCCCUCCCUCUGCCUCUCCCUUCAAUAUCUAAUGUAG